AUGUUGGCUCUGUUAAAGUGUUCAUCAUUGAAUGGUUUCUGUCGGACGUUUGUGUCGUCUUCAAGCAGGUGCUAUUCCAGCAGACUCUCCAAAAUCUCUCAAGCUUUUAGCGGCAUUGGGGGGCAAGCUCAGCCUGCAAUGGAAGGAAGUGAUCACGCUACAAAGUUUUCUUACGAUCAACAAAUCUCCUCACAGAGGGUCCGUGGCGCAGAUGCUGAAACCGGCGUAAUUCCAACAAGCUGGCAGAAACGCUGUCUGGUGAUCACAAGACUGUACAACACGAUGGGUGACAUCCCACAAUACGUUUCAGGUGGAACGAUGAACCGUAUGCACGAUAGAAUGCGUGUCGUCUUCAUAGUAGUAGCUGUUGCUUGUUUCUUUGCUUUGUUCUACUACUCACACUAUGCGAAUGUCAAGAAAGUUGCUCGCGAUCGUCAGGCCGGAAAAAUCGUCAAGCAUAUGUGA